CCAGUGGCGACUUUCCAGUAAUGCCGUUGAGUUGAGGAGACCCAACCCCUUUCUCCUCCCAGCUGUUCAUAGCUGUCCAAUCUCUCUCUCAUCCAUGUGACCCCACUGCACAACACACAUAGAUGCAGAUACCCCAGAGAUUUAUUGGGAUUUUAAAACCUCCAUAAACAUUUUCUUUUCAAAUAAAUAAAUUUAAUUAAAUUUAUUUCUUCUUCUUCUUCUUCUUCUUCUACUCCUUCUUCCUUUCUUCCCUUUAACAUUCCCUCACCUUUCUCAACACAAGCUUCUCUUUAACAUUGUUAUUCAUGUGCAACUAUAUAUAUAUAUUUAUAUGUGCACAUAGAUAGACAUAAUAUAUAUAUAUAUAUAAAGCCAACAUUGUUUUUGGUUUGGUUGGGUUUGGUUUGAGAUAUUUAUAUACAUAGUCUUCUUCUGUUCCUUUCUUCUUCAUCUUCAUUUUCUUGAGAGAUUGUGUUGAUUAAGAAUGGCUCAAUUGCCACCAAAAGUUCCAAACAUGGCACCCAAUUGGCCAGACUUUUCUUCUCCUCACCAAAAGAUGCCUUCCCUCAAAACCAUGGCACCAAACAUCUCAAACCAAAACCCUUCAUGGGUGGACGAGUUUCUUGACUUCUCAGCCGCCAGGCGCGGUGCUCACCGGCGGUCGGUCAGUGACUCCAUCGCCUUCCUGGAGGCGCCAAUGCUCGAUCAUCACUGCAAAAGCCGCGGGAGUGACGGUGGUGGUGACAAUGAGAACGAGUUCGAGAGGUUUGACGAUGAACAAUUCAUGUCCAUGUUCACUGAUGAAGCUUCGGGGAAUAAUAAUAACAACAACAACAAUAAUGAUACCAAUAACAACAUCAACGACAACUACAAUAGUUACAAUAGUAACAAUAACACCAUGAUGGCUCUCACACUUUCCUCCUCCAACCCUUCUACACCCUCUGAUCACAACAGCAUCAACGACGAGAAGGAGAUGAACAAGGAAAAGGAGGAGGAGGAGCACGAGAAGAAGCAUGUCAAGAAUGAGUCAGAUGAGGAUGAAAGCCAAUGCAAGCAAGAAAUCACACAAAACCCCGAUGAUAGUAAUCAUAGUAACGCAAAUGCAGCGCCUUGUUCCAGUGAGAAAAUCACAGACCCCAAGAGGGUCAAAAGAAUCCUGGCAAAUAGACAAUCGGCACAAAGAUCAAGAGUGAGGAAGCUGCAAUACAUUUCUGAACUUGAACGAAGUGUGACUUCAUUACAGGCUGAAGUUUCUGUAUUGUCUCCACGAGUUGCAUUUUUGGAUCAUCAACGUUUGCUUCUAAAUGUUGACAACAGUGCUUUGAAGCAAAGAAUCGCAGCGCUGGCCCAAGAUAAGAUCUUCAAAGAUGCACAUCAAGAAGCACUGAAGAGGGAGAUAGAGAGACUGAGGCAAGUGUAUCAGCAACAAAACAUAAAGAAGAUGGAGAAUGGUACAGGGUCAACAUCCCAAUCUCCAUUACCAUCUCCAAAACCACGAUGUGACACACUCACUGAAAAGGAACAACUUAUCAAUGUCUGAAGUGUGAAGCCUCCCUUGAACACUCACUCACUCACUCACUCACUCACUCACAUAUGAACCAUGUAAGCUAAGGUAGUUUAUUAGAUGAUCUGUGAUUCCUUUCAAUUUUAGAAAAGAAAUUGCAGAGUUUUGGAAAUGGAAGAAAAGAAAAGUGUUUUUGUAUUAACUGUUGUUGAUUGAAUGUGAAGAAUGUUAAUGAACGUAUUUAAUAAAAGAUAUGUGAUGAAAUAUGAAUGCAGAGAUGAUGAUGAUGAUGAUGAUGGAUUGUGAUAGAAGAAUAAGACUAAAAGUAGUUAUAAAAGUUGGUAAGAAGAAAAAGGGUGGGUAGGGAGAGGGUGAGAGAUUUGAUUAGGGAAUUGAUGAAGGAAAAUGUUGCAUAAUGGGGACAUUGGUGGUAGGCUUUUGCUAUCAAACUGAGAGAGUCACGUGAUGUGUUUGCUUUAAAGAAAGGGACCACUCAAGUUGCAUGAUUGGAAUGCAGGGAAACACAUGUGCACCAGUGACAUCAAACAAAGGGUGGAAGAAAAAAACAGUUGUGUCUGCUUUAACUACAUGGGAGAGGGAGGUAUCUGUCGGAGAUUCUUUCAGUUUUUUUUUUUUUUUCUUUUUUUAAUUAUGUGGUCUUGUUCCUUGUCUUGAAUCUGGAUUCUUUUCGAUUUUUGUUUAUAUUUUGUUGGGGGGGUUUCAGUUCAAGUUGGAAAACAAAGACUAGUGGACGUGUGUGUUGGGAUGGAUGAAAGGAAGGUAUGUCAUUGUCAGAGUGAAAGUGUUGGGUUUUGGUGAACUUUGUUUUACUGCUUUUAAGGGUUGUGAUUAUCUUUAUUUCGAGUGUUAAUUUGAAGGG